GGCUGCUCUCAGUAGUGCAGCAGUGGCUCGUGGACCCGCUCAGCCUGCAGAACUCUGUUAUAAAGGCUGUAAUAAUGGCAGCUAAGAAGGUCUGCAUUAUCGGUUCUGGUAACUGGGGUUCUGCUAUUGCCAAGAUCGUGGGAGCCAAUGCUGCCAAAUACGACGAGUACGAAACGACGGUGAACAUGUGGGUGUUUGAGGAGAUGGUUAACGGACGCAAGCUCACCGAAAUCAUCAACACCGAACACGAGAACGUCAAGUACCUGCCCGGACACAAACUGCCCCCUAACGUGGUGGCUGUUCCAGAUGUAGUGGAGUCUGUGAAAGGUGCAGACGUCCUUAUCUUUGUUAUUCCUCACCAGUUUAUAAACAGAACCUGUGAAACCAUUAAAGGGCACAUCAAGAAAGAUGCUGUGGGAAUGUCACUAAUCAAGGGUGUGGAUGAGGGUCCGGAUGGGCUGAAGCUCAUCUCCGACGUCAUUAAAGAGAAACUGGGCAUCACCAUGACUGUGCUCAUGGGAGCCAACAUCGCCAACGAGGUAGCUCAGGAGAAAUUCUGUGAAACCACUAUUGGCUGUAAAAGUAAGGAACACGGACCCCUGCUGAAGAAGCUCAUGCAGACCACCAACUUCAGAGUGACUGUGGUGGAGGAGGCGGAUGUUGUGGAGAUCUGUGGAGCUCUGAAGAACAUCGUGGCAGUUGGUGCGGGGUUCUGCGACGGUCUCGGUUUCGGGGAUAACACUAAGGCUGCAGUGAUCCGGUUGGGUCUGAUGGAGAUGAUCGCCUUCGCCAAGAUCUUCUGCACGGCCGGCCCGGUUUCCCCCGCCACCUUCCUGGAGAGCUGCGGGGUGGCUGAUCUCAUCACCACCUGUUACGGAGGACGCAACCGCAGGAUCGGCGAGGCCUUCGCCAAAACCGGCAAAACCAUCGAGGAGCUGGAGAAGGAGCUGUUAAACGGGCAGAAGCUUCAGGGUCCAGCAACCGCAGCAGAAGUGAACCAUAUUCUCAAACACAAAAACAUGGUGGAGAAAUUCCCUCUGUUUAAUGCAGUUUAUCAGAUCUGCUUCCAGAAUCAUCCGGUCACAGAGUUCAUCAACUGCUUGCAGAACCACCCAGAACACAUGUAACUCCCUGACCAACCCGGCUACAGGAACACAGACCGACCAAGCUGAGGAGACACCAGCUUUAGGUUUAGAUGGGGGUGAAAGGGCUGACUUAUGCUGUGCCUAUUUUUCAUACAUUUUUAAAGAUAAAGAGACUGGUUUUAACUGAGGACUGAGCUGAAGAACCGGAGAACCGGAGAACACUGGCCUUGUUUUAAAAAAGCUGAAACACUAGACAUCACAUCACAUCGUCUGUGUCUUCUGUCUUAUAGCUGUGUUUCUUUUUAACUUAACCUAAGAAAUAUAUAUAUAUAUACUAUAUUUGGUAUUGAAGAUUCAGAACGUCCCAAACGGUCUUAAAUACUGCUGCUCUGAAAUCAGCAGACUGGACUUUUCUAACACUCGCCAACGUCCUAAUUAUCCUAAUUAUCUGUAAAGUGCCUUAAAACGCUUUUGGCCUAAAUAAUCUAAACUCUGUCUAAACACAAGAACAUGCACUGAUCUGUAAAGACUUUUAUUAUGCAGUUCAACCACCUGACUUUUAUUUUGUAGGUACAUGGCUGCAGAACGCUAUUCAGAAGAUUCAUGUUGAAAUAAAUUAUUUCACUUGUAAUAAAA